UCACGACCAAUCGGCAUGCGCCAGCUGGGAUUUCGGGUUUUUGACAGAAUCCAACGUGUCGCGAACAGUCGCGAAGCUCGGAGGUGAACGACGGCGGUGGACGUGUCGCAGGAUAUUUCGAAGAGUCGAAAGUGUGAAUUAAAGUCACCGCGCGUCGCCCAUCUGCCGAACGACGGAGGCCUUGCAUCGGAAAUACGCUAACUUUCAAUUCGAUCGCAACGAACUCAAUAAAACAGAAAGAUGAAUGUAUCGAUGUCGUUAAUACUUUCUGUAUUCCUCGGAAUUGUGUGUACUGUUACAGCAUUAAAAGAAGGUGACUGUGAAGUAUGUGUUGCUGUUGUGGACAAAUUUAGUCAAACACUAACAGCAGAUAUUAAAAGUGAUCCUAAGAAGAUUGAAGAAAAGUUUCGAGAAUUCUGUAAAGGCACUAAAUCAAAAGAAAAUAGAUUUUGUUAUUAUUUAGGUGGAUUAGAAGAAUCUGCCACUGGUAUCUUGGGUGAGUUGAGUAAACCACUAUCAUGGUCUAUGCCUGCAGACAAAAUAUGCGAGAAAUUAAAGAAGAGGGAUGCUCAAAUAUGCGAUUUGAGAUUCGAGAAACAAAUCGACCUCAAUACGGUAAAUCUGAAGAAGUUGAAGGUACGUGAUUUAAAGAAGAUUUUGAAUGAUUGGGAAGAGACGUGUGACGGUUGUAUAGAGAAGACGGACUUUAUCAAACGUAUUGAGGAGCUCAAACCCAAGUACUUUAGCAGCAGCUCAAAGACGGAGCUUUGAAGGAUUAUCCUUAAUUUAGACAAGCAAUUAAGUUAGGAUGGCUAAAAGUUCUGUUUCUUCUACGGAGGAAUUGUUUACAGCAUUUAGGAUAUGUAUUAUCCGUGUCAAUAUACGAUUCGCGUAUAGCUAUGUUCUGAAAAAGUUUGUCUUUAAUGACAGUCCUACGAACUAAGACAUUUAGUUUCCAUUAAAUGGAGUAGAGUUUAAAUGAAAAUUAGCAUGAGACAAACGAUAACGCAAAUUUUGUUAUGUAACAUUUUUCUAUCUCAAUAAUUUUGAAGGACAUAUGUGUUAGUAAUCUGAU